UCGCUACUAUGCCACUUUUGCUCGGUCCCGGUAGGUGGCAUAGUAGGGAGAUUUGACUCUAGUUUAAGAAUAUAUAGUCCUUGUAAGCUACCUUCAGAUAGACCCUCCUGGAAGCUCAGUUCUUUGAUGUCUGUAAGGUAUAGCACUAAAUAAAGGCUUCUACAUCUGAUUUAUGUGAGUGCUUUUCACGGGGUGGGGAAGAGAAUUGUGAGGAGUAUCACAAGCAGUGUGUGCACCUAUUGUAAGAUUUCUUGAAUAUUUGCCUAUAAAUUAACAAAGAGACCAACAAACUAUGCGAUUGUUGUCUUUUCUUUUCGCGGUACCUGGUAACGGGGAUGGUAAAAACAUGUUUAUGGGACAAAGAGAGAUAACCACUGCAGUAACCCUCCCCUCCCUCCCCCUCCUAUAGUUGUGUGCUUGCAUCAAAACUUUUUUCCCGUGUCGUCUGCUUUGUCAAUGAAGCCUAAAGCUCCCCAUUGAUAAAGAAAAUACAACCUCCGUGACCUUAUUUUAUCUCUAACUUCAGGUAUUUCCGUUUGACUACGCAGGAAUUCCCGCAAGCUCCGGUUUGUCCUAUUUUUUAAUUGUUAUUAAGGAUCGUGUGCAGCGGUUGUCGGGAAGGAAGCCGGCUUGAUGGUCUUCGAUUUACUGCGAUUCCAGCUAGACCCCGAAAUAUUUUUGUCAGCGCCAAGAGGCCCCGGGAGUAAUUUUCUAAAGCCAAACCGACUGUUGCUGUCUUGUUUACAUAUUUAAGCAGCGUGGUCAAAAGAUGCUCGACCUUUGAACUUCACACUCGAGGAAUCCGAACAAACGUAAAAGUGAAAACUGCGUCAGAGCCAUGACAUCACUUCCUGAACUUGUGUUAUUAGUGACGUGUGGAGCUAUCAUGGCGUCUGGUCAACAUUCAGAGCAGCCGAGACACGUGACAAAGCCUCUUGUGCAAUAUACAACGCUGACCUGCAACGUCCCACUCGGGUAUCGAGAGAAAAACAUUCUUAGUCUUGAAAUUUUCCGACGAACAGAAAGCGGGUAUCUCCGCAGUCUGGUCAAUAAGGCACGUGACCAAUAUUUUCCAGAACUUGUUUUGGGAGACGUCCCCACCCUGUUCAAUGCUACAGGACAAGUUAUUGAACAUGAUGCUUCCAGUUCAUUUUUAAAUGCUAGCUUUGUUUUGGAUGACGACACACAUGGACAGUAUAUAUGCAUGAUCACGUUCAAAUACAUUACUGGGAAUAAAAAGGAAACAGAAUCCCUAGACAUUUUUAUUGGAGAGCCAUCAACAAUCAAGGAAAAUAUAAUCUCUAUCGGAUUCUCGGGGUACUUUACUCCUGCUUUUAGAGAGCAGUGGACUUGGUAUCUACCCCAUCUACCUUUGCAAAAACUUGAGCUUAAAGAAGACAUAUUACAGAAUUCUGCAACGAAAGAUUCCAAGCCUUGCUGGAUAAUUUGCAUACAAGAAGGGAAGCCUUGUGAUGUUCAUCCUGAUGUACUGGCUCAUAAUUUGUCUUACUUUUAUGACAGUAAUAAGAAGGAACACAUAAUUAAGAUGGAUGUGUGCAUCAUCAAUGGCUCUAGUUGCCGCAGUGUUAAAUAUACAGCUAAUGUGGAAAUCGAAAAAGACCUUAAACUUGUUGAAGCCUUAGUCUUCUUAAAUUCUAACACUGAUCCAUCAAAGAAAGUGAUCGGUACUGAGAGUAACAUCAAAGAAAAUACUACCACACACAAUGGCAGUUUCGGCAUGUCCUGAAUGUAACAGUUAUCCCUUACAUCUACUUAUUCCUUUAAUUUUUGUCUCGUUAUUACUUUCAAUCUGUGUUUGCUAUUACUGUCGUUUGAGUUUAUG